CGCAAUACAACCUAGACCAGUUCCACAAAGAUAAAUCAAAACAGGUAGUUACGCGGUAAGAUAAACUACCCCAUACGAAAGUUGCAGCCCAUGCCGCAUUACAAUACCACGUUAGCGGGGUAAGGACCUACCUACGUAACCUCUCCAGAUGACGACCUCAACCCCGAAAGACUCCACAUCACGCCUGCAUCAUGAGGCUGGUUUGUUCCUACAUAAACGCUUUGGUCUUUUCGUAAUUCUUCCACUGUACAAGCUACUAUGCAUUUCGGCUGCCAACAUCUUUUGUAACUAACUGGAGUAAACAAACAAAGAAAUAGAGCCAAUAAGAUCGAUCUAUCUGGCCUUCGGAUUUGGUCCUUGCGCUCACCGUUAGGCAUUACGUUACGUUUAUCGCUCCUCUCGGAUACAGACGUCCGCCCCUCGUAUAUACAAUACACUAUUAUUGUAUAUCUUCGCCCAGUGCCAUCGUCAGUCAACCUCGAAAACUCGCGAUACUUACUCGAUCAGCUCGUUUAGCUACCUAGGUACCUACCUACACAUCGAUCGAAAAUCAAGGACCUUUUAUCGGAAUCCUUUGUCGGAUCGGAUAUAUCGGUAAACAGAACUAGGUAACCUACCUAACCAACGGAACACACGCGGUCGGCGUGGAUAGAUAUCGGCCGCAAUGGGUCUUGCGUACAACACGUAUCUUGAUAGUAACAAAAUAUAUGGAUGCAAGAACUGUAAAGCCCACCUCGCGAAUCACGAAGAGAUAAUAAGUCGGAACUUCCGCGGGCAGCACGGCAAAGCCUACCUCUUCAACACGGUCGUCAACGUGGACGCGGGCGAGCCGUCGGAGCGCAGCAUGACGACCGGCCGGCAUAUCGUGCGGGACAUCACGUGCAAGCAGUGCAAGGAGACGGUGGGCUGGAAGUACGACCGCGCCUACGAGUCGAGCGAGAAGUACAAGGAGGGCAAGUUCAUCCUCGAGGCUGAGCUGCUGUGCAAUGUCAGCUAGAUAUCUGGUCGCCUUUCUUCCCUCGAUCGAACUUGGUCGGAUACAGCAGCAGCAAUAUGACGAGUGAGGACGGGUAGGAUAGAGAAAGGGGCGAUCUAGUCUAUUUUCAACAUGGGUAUGCAUUGCUUGGGCGUUUUCGUGGGUUAUCGCAGGCGGGUCCGGUGUGGUCUAGUUUGCGUGGUGGUUUUAGACGGGCAAGGCAAGGGUCCCGCCUCAUGCGAACGUGUGUACAACGCGCAACCCGGCAUCAACGCCGUAGAGGUCUUCGAGGGGUUGGGCAGAGAUCUUCUUCCCCUUACGUUACAAAGCUUCUUUAACGGGGCGUUAUACAGGUUGAUAGAUAGUCCAGCAUCUUAAAUUGUUGCUUGCUUUAGAAUGCCUGGGCCCCGUUUACUAUUAACUAACUGGUAUAAUUACCUAGGUUAGGUACUUAUAUAGCGAUGGUACUAUUAUCCUAAAGUUGAACCUCA